UUCUGGAAUUUGGUCAUGAGCAAACAUGACCUGCUUUGGGGUGACCUGGCCAAGAAGAAGAUCUACCCCACCGUCUGGUGGCUGUUCCGGGAUGGCCUUCUGCCCGAAAACACCUUCAUCGUGGGCUACGCCCGCUCCCGCCUCACAGUGGCUGACAUCCGCAAACAGAGUGAGCCCUUCUUCAAGGCCACCCCAGAGGAGAAGCUCAAGCUGGAGGACUUCUUUGCCCGCAACUCCUAUGUGGCUGGCCAGUACGAUGAUGCAGCCUCCUACCAGCGCCUCAACAGCCACAUGAAUGCCCUCCACCUGGGGUCACAGGCCAACCGCCUCUUCUACCUGGCGUUGCCCCCCACCGUCUACGAGGCUGUCACCAAGAACAUUCACGAGUCCUGCAUGAGCCAGAUCAGAGGCUGGAACCGCAUCAUUGUGGAGAAGCCCUUCGGAAGGGACCUGCAGAGCUCCGACAGGCUGUCCAACCACAUCUCCUCCCUGUUCCGCGAGGACCAGAUCUACCGCAUCGACCACUACCUGGGCAAGGAGAUGGUGCAAAACCUCAUGGUGCUGAGAUUUGCCAACAGGAUCUUUGGCCCCAUCUGGAACCGGGACAACAUCGCCUGCGUGAUCCUCACCUUCAAGGAGCCCUUUGGCACUGAGGGUCGUGGGGGCUAUUUCGAUGAAUUUGGGAUCAUCCGGGACGUGAUGCAGAACCACCUCCUGCAGAUGCUGUGUCUGGUGGCCAUGGAGAAGCCGGCCUCCACCAACUCGGAUGACGUCCGUGAUGAGAAGGUCAAGGUGUUGAAAUGUAUCUCAGAGGUGCAGGCCAACAAUGUGGUCCUGGGCCAGUACGUGGGGAACCCCGAUGGAGAGGGCGAGGCCACCAAAGGGUACCUGGACGACCCCACGGUGCCCCACGGGUCCACUACCGCCACUUUUGCAGCCGUCGUCCUCUAUGUGGAGAAUGAAAGGUGGGAUGGAGUGCCCUUCAUCCUGCGCUGUGGCAAGGCCCUGAACGAGCGCAAGGCUGAGGUGAGGCUGCAGUUCCAUGAUGUGGCCGGCGACAUCUUCCACCAGCAGUGCAAACGCAACGAGCUGGUGAUCCGCGUGCAGCCCAAUGAGGCCGUGUACACCAAGAUGAUGACCAAGAAGCCGGGAAUGUUUUUCAACCCCGAGGAGUCGGAGCUGGACCUGACCUACGGCAACAGAUACAAGAACGUGAAGCUCCCUGACGCCUACGAGCGCCUCAUCCUGGACGUCUUCUGUGGGAGCCAGAUGCACUUCGUGCGCAGCGACGAGCUCCGGGAGGCCUGGCGUAUUUUCACUCCACUGCUACACCAGAUCGAGCUGGAGAAGCCCAAGCCCAUCCCCUACCUUUAUGGCAGCCGAGGCCCCAUGGAGGCAGAUGAGCUGAUGAAGAGAGUGGGUUUCCAGUAUGAGGGCACCUACAAGUGGGUGAACCCCCACAAGCUCUGAGCCCUGGGCACCCACCUCCACCCUCGCCAUGGCCACCUUCCUUCCCGCCGCCCAACCCUGAGUCGGGAGGACUCUGGGACCAUUGGCCUCAGCUGCACAUUCCUGGCCCUGGGCUCCGGCCACGCUGGCCCGCCCCUCGCUGCUGCCACUACCCAAGCCCAGCUACAUUCCUCAGCUGCCAAGCACUCGAGACCAUCCUGGCCCCUCCAGACCCUGCCUGAGCCCAGGAGCUGAGCCACCUCCUGCGCUCACUCCAGCCCAACAGAAGGAAGGAGGAGGGUGCCCAUUCGUCUGUCCCAGAGCUUCUCGGUCACUGGGGCUCACUCCUGAGUGGGGCCUGGGGCAGGAGGGAGGGACGAGGGGGAGGAAAGGGGCGAGCGCCCACGUGAGAGAACCUGCCAGCCUCAGUGCCACUUGACAUUCCUCGUCACCAGCAACAUCUUGAGCCCCCUGGAUGUCCCCUGUCCCACCAACUCUGCACUCCGUGGCCACCCUGUGCCACCCAUAGGCAGCCUCCCUGUUACAAGAAAAGCAGAAGCAGCAGCUGGGACUCCUGCCAACCUCAAUCCCCUGCCAUUAAAUCCGCAAACAGCC